AUCGAUACCAGAACCUCCCGUAACGUACGCGAUCUUGAUGUUCAUUCUUAGUCGGCCUUUCACUGUUUAUAGUGUUGCGCGGCUUUUUCGUACCUUCUUCAAAAAUGAAAAUCGCCGUCGAAGGGUGCGCCCACGGGGAAAUCGAUAAGAUCUACGAGACUAUAGCCGCUCUAGAGAAGAAGAACGACAUCAAAGUUGACGUUUUGAUCUGCUGCGGUGAUUUCCAGUCGACGAGAAACUCGGACGACUUGAAUAGCAUGGCAGUACCGCCUAAAUAUCGUGCUAUGGGCUCUUUUCACAUGUAUUAUGCAGGUGAGAAAGUGGCUCCAAUCCUUACAAUAUUUAUUGGUGGGAAUCACGAAGCGUCGAAAUACCUUCAGGAAGUCCCAUAUGGUGGGUGGGUCGCGCCAAACAUCUACUACCUAGGAUAUUCAGGCAUCAUUAACAUUGGCGGGAUAAGGAUAGCUGGCCUUUCGGGCAUCUACAACGCUCGAGAUUUCCACAAAGGGAGAUUCGAAGCACCUCCGUACAGCGAACAGACGAAACGGAGCGUCUAUCAUGUUCGGAAUUUAGAUGUGUUUAGAAUGAAACAGGUGAAAUCCCAGAUCGACAUAUUUCUGUCGCACGACUGGCCUCUUGGCAUUUAUAACUAUGGAGAUAUUAACCAACUUCUCAAGGAAAAACAUUAUUUUGAAAAUGAUAUAGCAGAAGAAAAGCUAGGUAGUCCAGCAAAUCAAGAACUUUUGGACAAAUUGAAGCCAAAAUAUUGGUUUGCCAGCCAUUUACAUGUCAAGUUUGCUGCGAUUGUUCCUCACAAAGAUGAAAGCGGUAAUGUCAUCAGUAACACAAAAUUUCUGGCUUUAGACAAAUGCCUUCCAAGACGACAAUUUUUACAGGUGCUAGAUAUUGAACAUGAUAAGAGUAAACAAAUAACAGUUGAACAUGACUUGGAAUGGCUGGCAAUUUUGCAUUAUACGAAUCAUCUGAUAUCUGUAGACCCAUCGAACAACUUUUUACCUGGCCCUGGUGAUGAUGAGAGGUGGAUUUUUACGCCAACUGAGUCUGAGAAAGAAUUUGUAAUGAGGAAAAUGGGCGGUGAGUUGAAGGUGCCAUGCAAUUUCGUGCCUACGGUACAAAGCAACUCGAACCAGAGUCCGACAACACCGAGUAAAAAGUACCAGGGCCUUCAGUCGAACAUCCAAACUGAGGAAUUUUGUAAGAAACUAGGUAUUGACGAUCCGUUGAUGCUCCUAUUGGAUAAAAAGGACAACAUGUUCUCAUCGCCAUGCCCGGUGACUCCUGACGAUGCUGAAAUGAGUUCUUUCAUCGAUAGUGAAAUUUCUGGUUUCUGUUCUGGUUCAGAAGAAAAUGAAAAAUCAAUCUAUGAGGAAAAACUGAAGGAAAUCAAUUCCACAUCGGUGAGUUUUAAAAGUAUGAAACUACCUCCCCCAAAGUACGAGGAGUCGCAGGUGGAGCUUGAACCAUCAGAAAUGUCGUUGAAAGACAACAGUCUAUUUUUCAUAGACGAUGGCUCAAAAAGGUGCCAUGAUUCCACAACAAAAACAGACAACUGCAAUAGCCAAAGUGUUAAAAAAUUCAAGCGCCGUAAUCACAAUUUAUAUUCGAGCAAUGAUUAAUAUUUUAUUUUGUACAAAGUUUUUAAUGCACAUAUAGAUGGAUUUUUUUUAAACAUCUUUUACAAUUU